UCCCGGAAAUCCAAUACCCGGAAAAGGAAGCACGAGGAACACGUCACACAACAACACUUUGGAUUUUGGACGCUGUGUUGAAGUUCACUAACAACGGUGCCGAAAUUAUGAGGAUGCAAACAGGACAGUUAUUAUUUCUAGGCUUAUGCAUUUUAAUGACAAUUGCCAGUGCUACAGAGUCAAGUGAUGAAAAGGAAAAAGCGGAUCCAGAGAAAGUAGAGUACGCUAAGGGUUCAGUGUGCGGGUAUUGUGAAUACUGCAAGUUCUGCCAGCUUUGUGAAAAAGACUGUCCUUGUGAAACCAGCCCAACGAAACCCAACUGUAAAAUGUGCAAGUAUUGUAAAUUUUGUUACCUGUGUUCCGGGGUGUGUGAUACAAUCUGCCAGCCAGGUGGAAUGAUAGACAAGGUUUCUGCUGCUAUUGUCAACGCUCUCCCUUCACAUGAUCCAGAUGAGAUUAACAAAGACAUAAAGUCAGUGGAUGAUUGGAUUCAGAAGAACAAAGAUGAACUAUGAUGUGAUAGACUCUAGGAAACACCAUUCCACCAUUACUGUGUUAAUAUUUCAUCAUUCAUUCCUUACAAGUGAUAAUGUUGUGUUGUGAGUGUGUGCUUGACUUGUUGAGUUCUUCUAUGUUUAUAUAUAGGUGUUGUAAUAUUGUAUUCCUUUAUUCCUCACCAUAUCUACACUUAAUAUUACCGAGAUUGCGUAAUAGAAGGAUAUAGACUGACACAAUAGGAACCACUCACCAGUAUUUGUUUUAUAUUAAUUAUGUAUCGAACAUGAACUACCAUUGUCAAAAAAUCCAUGUGUAGUCUUGCAUACACCUUCUUAUUGAGGACCAACUAGCUGACUGCUUCUGUCAUUUUCAUAAAUAUUUGCUUUGACAAAUUUCAGUUUUUGGGAUGUAAAAAUGAUCAUGUUCACUUAAUAAAACACGCAGUUCUGUUUAUUGAUGCAUGUGUAAGCAUUAAUGUUAUACUAGAGAAAUUUCCAUCACAAAAGUAUGAAAGUUAUGUACAGCAGAUUGAAAAUGGGCAGAAGUGAUUCAUUAAAGCAAGAAAAAAUCAGCAAGUUGGCCCAUGAACAGUUAGUGUCAGAAGGAUGCACUCUUACCGUGGGUUUUUGAUUAUGGUGUAUUCUCCAAGUUAAUUUGGCAGCCUGAUAUUUGUAUUUACACUUUAUAAGGGCAUAAGUGCUAAAUAGGAAGAAUGUGAUAAUCCCAAUAGCUUGAAAUGUAAACUGUAACUUGCCAUAUGAACUCUAACAGAGCCAUCAAGAACAAAAUGUGAUACCGUGCAGCAUAUCAUAGAGUUUCUACAAUAUUUACCAAAGAAACAUAACUGUACUAAUCAGGUGAAAACCCAUAUACAUCAAGAUUAUUUCUCUGUAUGUCAUGUGACUUAAUUUGGUAAUAGAAAAAUCAAACUGAACAUUUCUUUUGUAUAGAUUUUAUGUAUAGUUCAUAUAUUGUUAACACAUAUACAUCUGAAUUUGUUUCUGAAAACCCUUAAUUAACACUUUGGCAUGAUAGAUUUUCUUGUAGAUAGGAAGUGCUUGUGUCAGUAAAUGAAUGUCAGAUAUUUAUUUAUCUAUAUUUGCAAUGACCACUCCAUUCAGUACAUGCAUGUUAUAUUUUCUCCCCUUUAUGAAUUUAUGUACCGUUUGUUUUUUUAUACUCGAGAGAAGAAAUAAAAGAUAAAAUUACA